GAUGAUCGAACAUACAAUUCCAAAUGGUCAAGAUUGAAAAUCAUAUCCACGACCUGACCUGUGUUCUAAUCCUGUCUGAGUUACUCAAAAACUUCAUCAGAAGCCAAUGACUAGGCUUCACCAUAAAACUGUUUGGAAAUUGGCUAAACCCUUCCUGAUAUAAAGUUUCCAAGAAAGUAUAAACUUUGAACUUUUCAUAACGCGCUUGUCAUCCAUUGAAAAUGUCGUCAUUCAUGAACACACCUGAAGAUGAAUGGGUUCCUCCGACAGAAGAGGAACAGCAGGUUAUGCGAGCUCGUCAGGUCAGGUCCAACAAGAUCAGUAAGAUUCUCGGCGAGUAUCUCUUGAAGGGCUACAGGAUGUUGGGGACAACUUGUCCUGAUUGUGACACCAUUCUCCUCCGAGACCGCCAGCAGAAAGAUUUUUGUGUUGCUUGCACGGAAAUCGAUGUGCUGCCUGAUAACAAGGAAGUAGAACACAGCGCUGGUAAUGCUCCAUCCAGUGCUAACGGUGUCCCUAACGUGGAGUUUGAAUCGGCUGAGCAGAUUCUGAACGGAGACGGUUAUGCGGGCGCUGUCUCUGAUGAACCUGCGCCGUUUCAAAUAAACGGGCAGCGUCCCAGUCAAGAACCCCGGAUCAUCUCCCUAACACGUGAACAUUCCAGAUCGUUGAACAGCAGUUUCCGUGCCGUGUCUCCGGUUCCUUUGGACUUUGUAGAUGGAGCUCACGAUCCAAGGACACCGAUAUAUACAACGUCGCCUUGUUUAAGUAGGACAAAAACUGUCCUGGAACAGAAGUUACAGUGGGCUACAGAUGAACUACAGAGAAGUCUGAGUGUUGAGGGUAGUAUACAGUUGUGCACUUUGAUUAAAGUGUCUCUAGAAACGCUUGAAACUUUGUCCAAACAUCAAGCUAAACUGGCACCAGAAAAGUGAAUAACUCCACAGUAGCCAGCUACAAAAUGUCUAAAAUGGGAAGUCUUCCACUAGGUUUUCUUGAAUCUCCUCACCUUAAAACCAGGUCACCAAAUCCUGUUAGUAUAUUGUUUAAACGUUCUCUUCGCUGAAGUGUCAUGCAUGUCCACUUGAGCACCCUUGCAUGUUUUCAGUAUUGUCCUGCAUGUAAUAGGGCCCAAAGAAGACUUUGAUAGGAGGGAAACAACAGACAGGAGCCAAAUGAGCGAGGUUAAGUUUCAUGUUUCAAGUAAACAGUAGUUUACAAUACAUUGGCGGGCUUGUACGAGAGAUGGUUUACCACUAUUGAGUUCAAACUAGACCCAGUCUCCUAAUUUGCAUACCAGUCCUCGGGUGACCUCCAAUUGGAUGCUUUGGCCCUCUGCCUAUAGUCUCCCUUUAAGGCCCAAUCUACUCUGAGCUGGCUGAAAUAUCUCAUUGUGGUGUGUGUUCAGCCAGAUUCUGUUCCAUGUACAUAACGCACAUAAAAUGGAAAAAUAAAGCCCAUUGGAGCUUAAA